GAGAAUACAAAAAGCUAACAUGCAACAAUUAAACAAACAAUAAUCAAACAACACGCGUCACGUGGAAUUCUUCAGAGCACUUGGCACUGUAGAGAUGAGGAAGCUAGGAAGAACUCAGUGAUGCAAAAGAAGAAGAAGAUGAUGAAAUCAGAUGCAAGAAACAGAAGAUAACCCAAAUUGAGCAGCCAAAGAUUUUUUAUGACAAGGUAAAGUCCACUACUCUUUUACAUCACAGAAAUCACAAAGCACGGAGCUCAAAUGCACCUAAUAGUAGUACAAGUACUGCUACUGAAAGAAGUAAAAAAGCUGAUGGUAAAAUGCCCUUUAUUACGGAGAUAUCAUUCCAUGAGACAAGACCCUUAAUUGGAAAUGAAUGGCAAAAUAUGGGGACUUAUCAUUCAGUGAGCAAAAACCCUUUUGGAAAAAAAGAGGUAUUUUUGGGCAGUGAGGAAUCCCAAGAAUUUAGCUCUAACAUGCACAAAUUCCAAGGAAAAGAACCCUUAGUUUGCAUAGAAUCAUCUUCUAAAGAAACCUCAUGUUUAAUGUCUAAUGUCCAUGGUGGCACAGAAUCAUCUGAUGAAUGUAAUACUAGUACAAGCAAUCUUAAAACCAAGAUAAGCUUAAUUGGGGUAAGAAAGCAAAAGAAUGGGAGGUAUGGUGCUGUGAUUACUGACAAAAUUAGGCAUAAGCAAGUAUGGUUAGGCACUUUUGACACUAUUGAAGAGGCUUCACAAGCUUAUUUCUCCAAGAAGUCUGAGUUUGAGAAAUUAAACCUGCAGGGUAAUAAGGUGAAUAAACCAAAGAAGAAUCUUGAUCAAAUUCAGCAGCCUGAAUCACCUGUUGUGCCAUCCUUGUCUGUGGCUGAUGAUCAAACCUUGGAUACAGCUAGUAUGGAUGGAAUAAAUAAAAGAAUUGAUUCUCAUGAAGCAACAAUGGAUAUCGUUGGGGUUCACAAGAACAGGACAACAGGGAAAGAACCCGAAUCUUCUAAAGAAGCCUCAUGUCUAAUGGCUAGUGUACAUGGCACAGAAUCAUAUGAUGAGUGUAAUACCAGUACAAGUUGCAAUAAAGGCAAGAUAAGCUUAGCUGGAAUCCGAGGGCAAAAGAACGGGAGGUAUGGUGCUGUGAUUACAGACACAAUUAGGCGUAAACAAGUAUGGUUGGGAACUUUUGACACUAUUGAAGAGGCUUCACAAGCUUAUUUCUCCAAAAAGUCUGAGCUUGAGAAUGAGAAAUUAAACCUGCAGGCUAAUACGGAGAAAAGACCAAACAAGAAUCCUGAUCCAGUUCAGCAGCCUGAAUCACUUAUUAUACCAUCCUUAUCCGUGGCUGAUGGUCAAACCAUGGAAACUGGUAGUGUGUAUAGGAGAAAUAAAAGAACUGAUUCUCACGAACCAAUAAUGGAUAUUGUUGGGGUUCACAAGAACAAGACGUCAGGGAAAGAACCCGAACCUUCUAAAGAACCCGCAUGUCUAAUAGCUAAUGUCGAUGGCACAGAAUCAUAUGAUGAGUGUAAUGCUAGUACAAGAUGCAAUCCUAAAGGCAACAGAAGCUUACUUGGGAUCCGAAAACAAAAUAACGGGAGGUAUGGUGCUGUGAUUACAGACCGAACUAAGCAUAAAAAGGUAUGGUUGGGCACUUUUGACACUGUUGAAGAAGCUUCACAAGCUUAUUUGUCCAAGAAGUCUGUGCUUAAGAAAUUAGGCCAGCAGGGGAAUAAACCAAAGAAGAAUUGUUAUCAAUUUCAGCAGCCUGAAUCACCUCUUGUGACAUCCUUGUCUGUGGCUAAUCAUGAUCAAACCUUAAAUUCUGCUAGUGUGAGUAGAAGAAAUAAAAGAAUCGGUGCUAACAGAACAACACAUUUUUUUAAGGUUCACAAGAGAAAGAGUUCAGGUAAAUAUACAACUGAGAUUAAAAACCCCAUCAGUAAGAAAAGAAUUUGGUUGGGGACUUUUGCCACUGCUGAAGAGGCUUCACAGGCUUAUCAAUCUAAGAAGCUCGAGUUUCAGAAAUUAGUCGAGGCAAUGCAGCAGCAAUGUACUAAUAAGCUUACUCAUCCUGUGCAAGAUGGGAAAUCAGAGGAAUUAGUCAACAUCAAGCAAGGACAUAAAAAUGUAAAUUGUGAACUUGAAUCAGCUGGUGGAUCAGAAAUUGAUGUUCCAAUCUCAAAUUCAUCUAAUGAGGGAACUCUCCAAUGGAUUGAUUCUCACGAAAUAAGUGCUGCUGAAGAAGCUUUCCAUGCUUAUGUGUCUAAGAAAUUCGAUGUUCAGAGCUCAAAGAAGGUCGAGCUGCAAAGCGGUAUGCCAACUGAUUUUAGUGCAGGGGAGAGGCAAGAAGGUCGAGAGGAUGAUGAAGAUUUACGAAUGGGGGAGUGGGUACAACUUCCAGGUAAUAGGGCAGUCAAAUUUUCACUGAAUCUGGGCUUACCAAUCAUCGAUAACUAUGGAUCUCUUUUAGGUGAAUUCAGCACUUUGGAUGAUCUCAGUAUUUGUAAAACUGAGGAUGGCAAUGAAACAUAACUGUGUUUUGCCUAGCUUAAAGUUUAGAAGUUUGUUAAUUGCAAGAAGAUUUUUGGGUAGUAUGCAGUUUUAGGACUCAGUAAAUUGUAGUAGUAAUAUGUAAGCUUCUUGCAGUUGUUGGUCUGCUACAUGCAUAUUAGUAAAUAGUAGCCCGUUUAUCCUCCUUUC